AUGCCUCUCGGGAUUCAUAAUCCGCUGCCAUCGUCUCUGGCCAGUGAAUGCAAGAAGGCGGCCAAAAUCCUGACCUCCUUCGUGGACCCCAGGCAGGCUUUCGGUCCGGAUAAGGUCAUCCCACCAGAGAUUCUGGCUGGCGCAAAGGGCCUUGCCAUUCUCACAGUUUUGAAAGCCGGAUUCAUCGGCUCCGGUCGAUUUGGAUCCGGUAUCGUUGUCGCCCGCCUCGCUGAUGGCUCCUGGUCGGCCCCUUCGGCUAUCGCGACUGCCGGCGCCGGUGUUGGAGGACAGAUCGGUUUCGAGCUGACCGACUUUGUCUUCAUUCUCAACGAUGCAGCCGCCGUUCGCACAUUCUCGCAGGUUGGAACUCUGACACUGGGUGGUAACGUCUCGCUUGCCGCAGGACCGAUUGGCCGAAAUGCCGAAGCCGCCGGUGCGGCCAGCACGAAAGGCGUCGCGGCCGUCUUCUCAUACUCCAAGACCAAGGGCCUUUUCGCCGGUGUCAGUUUGGAGGGUAGCAUGCUCGUCGAGCGGAAGGAUGCGAACGAGAAGAUGUACCAGAGCCGUGUGAGCGCCAGCCAGCUCCUCACCGGUAACAUUCGGCCACCACCCUCCACCGAUGCUCUGAUGCGCGUUCUCGACUCGCGUGCUUUCCAUGGAAGUGCACGCGGUCAGGGUGACUCUAUGUACAAUGACAUGCCUGUUUAUGACGAACGCCACGACGACGUUGUCUGGGAAGGACGACGAGGUGAAGCCUAUGGCCAGAACACGCGACGCAACCGGUCCAACACAUAUGAUGAUGAAUAUGAAUAUCGCGACAAGCCACGCCGCGCGAACACGUGGGCUGACGACGUUUAUGACCGGCCUACAGGAGGUAUGGGACGGUCCCCGACGACUCGUUCUCCCGCCGAUUACGGGGAUAAUUACGGCCGCAGCCGGAGCAAUACCGUGCCAUUCGAGGAGGAUUACUCCUAUUCCGACCGUAAACCUACCCGUCCCAGCGCCCCCAAGCCGGUCUUCGGGCAAAAGACGGGCCAGGGUGCUGGGCUGCGGACCGAUCAAGCGGUCGCAUUGUACACGUUUGAUGCCGACCAGGACGGGGAUCUGGGCUUCAAGAAGGGUGAAAUCAUCACGAUUCUGAAGCGUACCGAGAAGGCAGAAGAUUGGUGGACGGGUCGUAUCGGCGAUCGCGUCGGCAUCUUCCCAAGCAACUACAUCGACACCUCCUAG